GGGGUUGAUUGAGGUGGGGAAUCAGCCAAUGAGGUGAGGCGGACUGGAAGAGGGACGCCUGCCGCAGCCGGUGAGGAGCGGAAGUGGGCGUGGCAACCUCAAAUCAGGCUAGACAAGUGUUGGUGUUGGAGGAGGAGCAGGGGGGUGUGGGCAGGGAGGAGGGAGAGAGGUAGGAGUGUGUGUGUGUGUGUGUGUGUGUGUGUGUGUGCGUGUGCGUGCGUGCGUGUGUGUGUGUAUGCGUGAUGCUACAACCUCCUUAUAAAGGGACUCUCUCUCACGUUGUGGCUUGGAAACUAGAGCACAUUGCCUAAAAAUUGAGGUCUCCAGUAUUACGCACACACUCAUCACACACAAACCGGAGUCACAGAGAAGCCGCUGCCAUGAACCGGGAUAGCGUGGACGAGAUGAUGAGCCGGGCCGAGACGCCUCUCUUCUGGGUCGGCGCGUUCACCGUGGCCUCCCUGGCGCUGUGGCUGCUCUACAGGCUGCUCACCGGCUUUAGGAUAUGGAUCCUGGGGAACGGGCAGCUUCUCACCCCGAGGCUGGGAAAGUGGGCAGUUGUGACGGGAGCCACGGACGGCAUCGGGAAAUCCUACGCGGAGGAGUUGGCUCGUCGAGGGUUCGCCAUGAUGCUGAUCAGUCGCUCCCAAGAGAAGCUGGACGACGUCGCCAGGUCACUUGAGGAGCAGUUUAAGGUGGAGACCAGGACGAUCGCUGUCGACUUCGGCAGACUGGAUAUUUACUCCAAAAUUGAGGAAGGACUGGCUAAUCUGGAGAUUGGUGUUCUUGUUAAUAAUGUAGGCGUUUCCUACCCCUACCCUGAGUACUACCUCCACAUUCCUGAUCUGGAAAAGUUCAUCACAAACACCAUCAACGUCAACAUAACCUCAGUGUGCCAGAUGACUCGCCUGGUGCUGCCCAAAAUGGUAGAGAGAUCCAAAGGCAUCAUCCUCAACAUCUCCUCUGCCAGCGGCAUGUAUCCCGUCCCUCUGCUCACAGUCUACUCUGCUACCAAGGCGUUUGUGGACUUCUUCUCCCGCGGCCUUCAUGAGGAGUACAGACGGCAGGGCAUCAUCAUUCAGAGUGUGCUUCCCUUCUUCGUGGCAACCAAAAUGACCCGCAUCAGGAAGCCCACUCUGGAUAAGCCCACCCCAGAGCGCUACGUAGCAGCUGAGCUCAACACUGUGGGUCUGCAGAGCCAGACGAACGGUUACUUCCCCCACGCUGUCAUGGGUUGGGUGACCACCCGGAUGGUGCCGAGCAGCCUCGUGAUCUUCCUGGGGGCCAGUAUGAACCGCCGUCAGCGCACAGGAUACCUGCACAGGAGGAAGCUGCGGGAGCAAAGGAACGGAGCCAGUCUGAAAACUGAAUAACGCCAAGGACGCAGGCGGCCGCUCCUUUUUUCGACCGAGACUGUGCCUGAGGAAGUACGUCUGUGUGCUUCCAUCCUCUGGAGCUGCCUUGAAAUGCAACCAGUUUUGUGCCUUGAGUAAAAUCUUAAAUCUGCGAUAAUCUGCCCCUAAUGUCUGUCUGGGUGGAUGUGGCCAAAGAAUUCAGGAAGAGGUGUGAUAUAAAGUCCUAGUUUGUUUUUUGUUUGUUAGUUUUUUGUUUCUUUUUGGUCAUCGAUGCUAACGGUGGAAAUAAUAAAGCAAAUCGAAGACCAAACGCUGCUGCAUUAGACAGUGAAAAAUGGUGAUGGGCACAUUUUUUUAUAUAUAUAAUUAUUUAUUGUAUAUUUGUAAGAUGUACAUGUAAAACACAAAAUCUGCAGCACCAGCGUUGAACCUAGUUCUCUUUACUAAUGUGAGAUAUUUAAAAAACAAAAGGAGUUUUUGCUUUUAUUAACCCUGUUUGUUUCUUACUCAGCUUACAUUCCCCCUUUUUUUUCUUUUUGUUUGCUGAUCUUGUGUCUUGCAGACUAUUUGAAGUGCCACUGUGGUGGGUUGUGUUUUAUUGACGUGUCGCCUUUUCUAUGCUAGUCUGUUCAAAUUCUUAGUUUCUUUUCUUGUAAUAUUGCUAGAAACGGUUGGAUUCAGUGACAGGGUGGUUGUUUUGAUUUAUCAUGACAGGAUCUUAAAUGGGAAUAGUAAAAAAAAAAAAAUAAUAAUGUUUUUCUUUUCUUUUUUUUUUUUUCUUUUUUCCUCCCAAUCACUUAACUGUUAUUUUUGGUAGUUUUCUUUAACGUAUCGGAUUGGCUCUAAUAUCGACAGAUCCCUCUGUUAAAUGCUGAGCAAAUAUUUCAUUGGAGUUUUUUAAUAUCACUAAAAUAGGGUUGUCGCAUCAUCAGCUUUUCAUCUGCGUUUUUUACGAUUGAUUAGUUCAGAUGCCAUCAAGUGUUACAUUUUCAAAAUCAAACAAUGCAAGUGUUUUUGCUAUAUAUAUAUAUAUAUAUAUAUAUAUAUAUAUAUAUAUAUAUAUAUAUAUAUUCUUGAUGCCUGCUGCAACACCCCGUAUGAUGUGGUCUGGCCUGGGCCUCUUGUGGUUUUCUUUCUAGUCUUUUAUAUGCCUUACAAAUAGAGUUCCAAAUGUAAAAUGCAUUAAUUCUGCUCAUCUUUUCUACUGUUUGUUAAUAAAAAGCUUUGGCAGAAUAA